AUGAACGCUCACGUACUCGUGCUCGCAGCCGUCGCCUCGUGCGCCGUAGCCGGUGGUUACGGCGGCGGCGUUGGCGGAGCUGUAGGAGCUGGAGUCGUCGCCGGCGGGGCUGGAGUCGCGCUCGCCGGAGGUCACGGAGGCGGUGGUGGAUACGGAGGUGGGGGCUACGGCGGAGGCAUCGGCCUCGGUGGCGGACUCGUCGGAGGCGGCGGACUCGUCGGAGGCCACGGCCACGGAGCAGUCGUCGGCCACGUCAAGGUGGCCCCCGUCAAGACCGUCUCGUACGUAAAGAAACCCGUCGUGAGCGUGAGCUACGUCACCAAGCCCGUCGUGAGCUACGUCAAGCAGCCCGUGGCCACCGUGUCCCAUACCGUCCAACCCGUCGUAUCCGUGAGUCACGCUGUCGUCAGCACCGGAGGGGCUGGCGUCGGAGGAGGUUACGGAGGCGGCUACGGGGGUGGGUAUGGAGGUGGCUACGGAGGAGGCUACGGAGGCGGCUACGGUGGAGGCUACGGAGGCGGUCUUCACUACGGGGGAGGGCUCGGUUACGGCGGCGGCCUCGGCUACGGUGGCGGACUCGGCUAUGGAGGCCACGGCUACGGAGGCGGAUACGGGGGAGGCCUCGGUUACGGUGGAGGUCUUGGAUACAGAGGUGGUCUCGGGGGUGUCGCGCUCAAGGGUGGGCUCGUUGGAGGAAGCUUGGGAGGCUACGGCGGCGGAUACGGUGGAGGUCAUGGCUAUGGAGGGGGUCUUGGCUACGGAGGAGGUCUUGGCGGCGUCGCUCUCAAGGGCGGAGUGGCGACAGUUGGUCUGGGCGUCGGCCUGAAGGGAGGCUUGGGCGGAGUCGGAGUCGGACACGGCGUCUCCCUGGUCGGUGGUUACGGCGGUGGAUACGGAGGACUCGGAGGUGGUGGUCUGGCAGUCGGAGGGGGCUACGGAGGAGGCCACGGGUGGUGA